AUGUCUGACUGGGACACGAGCAGCGGCGAGGAUGAGGGUGUGCCCGGCCGGCCGCCAUCUGCCGCCGCUGGGCGUCUGUGGCAGCCGCCGGCGACCCCUCCGCAGAGCCGUCCCUCCGUAGAUGGCGGCGGGGGGCGAAGGAGCGCUGAGUGGCGGCGGGAGGCGGCGGCUGGCCUCAGAAGGGAGGAGUGGGAGCCUCGAGGCACUGAAGGCUCCCGUGGCCCGGGGAAAGGGGCGAGGCGGUGGCUGCCCCGAGCUGCCGCCAGCCAAGUUGGGGAUGACACAGAGCCGCUCUGCUUCCACCUUGAUAGUGCCCUGGUCGGGGCUCUUAUAGGUCGGGGCGGAGCUAAAAUAAGAGAACUUGAGGAUUCGUCAGGUUCCAGGAUAAAGGUUAUAAAGGGAACCUGUGAAGCUGAAGUAAAGAUUUUUGGCAGCAUUGCUGUGCAAAACAAAGCUAAGAUGUUGAUUGACAAUGCUAUUACAAGAUCUGGACAAAACUACAGUAGAGGUGGAACUGAGAAAGGAAAAACCUUGGACGUUAUCAAGCCUGAAAGUAACCCAACGAAAUCAGUGAUUAACUGGGCCUCUCUUCGAGAAAACAAAGCUAAAUAUGAAGCAAUGAAGUGGGCAGACUUGCCUCCAAUUGAGAAAAACUUCUAUAAAGAAUCAUCAAGGACUGCAUCAAUGUCACAAGAAGAAGUGGAACUGUGGCGGAAAGAAAAUAAUAAUAUAAUUUGUGAUGACUUAAAAGAAGGUGAAAAGCGCUGCAUUCCCAAUCCUGUUUGUAAAUUUGAAGAUGUAUUUGAGCAUUAUCCUGAUAUUAUGGCUAAUAUAAGAAAAGUUGGUUUUCAGAAGCCUACGCCAAUUCAGUCCCAGGCAUGGCCGAUCAUACUGCAAGGAACUGAUCUUAUUGGUAUAGCACAGACUGGUACUGGGAAGACAUUAGCAUACUUAAUGCCUGGAUUCAUUCACUUGACUUCACAACCAAUAUCCAAAGAUCAGCGUGGGGGGCCAGGAAUGUUAGUCCUUGCUCCCACUCGAGAACUGGCACUUCAAGUAGAGGCAGAGUGUUCGAAGUACACAUACAAAGGAAUUAAAAGUAUUUGCAUAUAUGGUGGUGGGGACCGAAAAGGACAGAUAGACGUGGUUACCAAAGGUGUGGAUAUUGUUAUUGCUACUCCUGGCAGACUGCAUGAUCUUCAAAUGAACAACUUCAUAAAUUUGAAGAGCAUCACAUACUUGGUUUUAGAUGAGGCUGACAGAAUGUUGGACAUGGGAUUUGAACCUCAGAUAAUGAAGAUCCUAAUAGACGUGCGGCCUGACAGACAAACUGUUAUGACAAGUGCUACUUGGCCUGAUGGUGUUCGUCGCCUAGCGAAAUCCUAUUUGAAAAAUCCUAUGAUCGUAUAUGUUGGCACUCUUGACUUAGCAGUAAGUUCUGUUCUUUUUUUUUAUAUUAUGAUGCCGUGCCAUGAGAAUGCCUAGGCUUUUGUACUAUCCUUCAUUGAUUCUAUGAAGCCAAAAGAUAAGGUCAUCAUUUUUGUGGGGAAAAAACUUACAGCUGAUGACUUAGCAAGCGACUUUGGUCUCCUAGGAAUUCCAGUACAGUCGCUUCAUGGUAACAGGGAACAGUGUGAUCGGGAACAGGCUUUAGAUGAUUUCAAGACCGGCAAAGUCAGAAUACUGGUAGCUACUGACUUAGCGUCCCGUGGCCUUGAUGUGCAUGAUAUUACUCAUGUUUUUAAUUUUGACUUCCCUCGCAACAUUGAAGAAUAUGUUCAUAGAGUAGGUCGUACUGGAAGAGCAGGACGUACUGGGGAGGCGGUAACGCUUGUCACUAAGAAUGAUUGGAGGGUUGCAUCUGAGCUGAUUGAAAUUCUGGAAAGAGCAAACCAAGUAGUUCCUAAUGAGCUUAUUGCAAUGGCAGAAAGAUACAAACAAUUUCAAAUCAGAAAAGAAGUUGAAAAGGAUAUACGAAGACCUCAGACAAAGCCCUCAAAAUAACUGUUGAAGUUACUGAAACAAAAGAACUGGAUUAGUAAAUGUAAGCAGCGUUUGUUGAUGUGGCUUCAAAAU